AAAUGGUUGUAGGGUAGGACCAUUCAAAUGCCGCCUCGUCCAGCAUCAAACCGAUCUUGAAACGAAGCCAACGUGCAACAAAGAACCAGACCACAACAUCCCGUCUAAACAACUGCCCGAAAAGAAAAUGGCACGGCGUCUCUCUCGAAUAUUAAAAUCAUCUCUGUGAUCGCCACGAGCAUCACAAUGCCUGCCUCGGAGUGUGAGGUUGAUGUCAAAAGCCAAAAGCCAAAAGGCUACGGAUUUCUUGCCAAGGGCAAUCCUUACAAGACAGGAAUCUGCCGUCGAUUGACACAUGCCUCCGGCAGGAAACUGUACGUUGUCAAAGGUGGGAACAAGAUCGUUGGGCUUCGCGCACCGCACGACAUUAUCAGCAAAGUUCACCAGCAGGACAAGGAAACAAAGGCGACGCGACGCGCCGCUGUUGAGAGGCGCGAUGGGGCAACCGAAGCGACUUUCAAGGAAGCAAUCCUCAAAGACUUCCCCAAGAUUCCAGAGGAUAGCCUCAGAACGAUACUCCAACAUACCUUGAAGAAGCGCAGUGGGAGGGUCGGGCGCACAGGCACGCGCGACAUGACCUCCAAGGUCCGUCUUGCGGUCACGGCUCACAUUCGUCACAAAUACACCGACUAUGACACAUUGCUCAAGAGGAACCAGAAAAGAAUGCAGCACCCGCAAGCGAGGCAGCUGGUCCACCCUGAGAUUGUUCGUAUCCUGCGCGACUGGAGAGGGGGCAAAGCUACUCGUCCGCCAAAGUCCAAGCAGACAGCUCCGACCACGCACAAUAAGAAGCAGGAUACUCCUCAGCGCGCUCAAUCUGCUGAGAAGAAGAAUCCCAGCACCACAAAGACUGCAAGCCACCGCCCCAAUGGAAAGAGCUCCGUGUCGUCUGGCAGCGAGCGUCAGGAAGCACGGCGGCUUCCCUCAGUACAGCCCGCGCCUGGCCGCCGCCUACGGGUCCAGACAAGAUCAAUGCGUGCUUUGGGCGAGCAGAACAGAAGCUUCGAGCAGCUGGAUGUAUCACCUAACGAUAAAGACAAUCCCAUUGUUCUAGAUUCAUCGGCGAGCGAGGAGAGUGAGGCACCGGACAACUGCAGCGAUUUUGAUUCCCUGGAUGGAUUUAUCGUACAGGACGGUUUCGAUGAUUCAGACGACGACGAUACGGAUCUUGAACUUCGCCUGGAAGAUUACGAGUAACGAAAUCAUGGCGGCGGGGUCAAAGUGAUUUGUUGGCGCGAUGACUGAUGACUGACCUCCUUGUGUUGAUAAUCGUUGUUUGGUGUUGGGCGGUUGCCAUUUAGCGCGGGUGGUUGGCCAGGUACUGGGGUAGUUGACAAAUUAAAAC